AAGGGGAGGGGGCAGAUACGGAGCGCGCGAGCGAGAAACAAAACGUGACUAGGCACCCAAAGACUUCUGUUAUGCAACUACUGACCUACUAACAUACAAUUGGAGACAUUGAGAGAGCGAGGAGGAAAUUGUAGCACGUCUCUAACGUAAUAAGAGAACAUAUUCAAAAUAAGCGACACAGAAUUCAUGCUCACAUACAGGCACUAAUCACAGAGCUCGCACUGUACUUGAAGGACGAUCGCACAUUUGAAUUCGAUAGUAGUCGGAAAUAGGAAUUGUUGAACAGAAGCGUGGAUGUUAUAUUAGACUUCGCACGGUGGGCUUUUAUUUACACAUACAAGCCUUUCAUCUUGCAACCUACUGGAGAAGGAGAGGUAGCGCCGCUCCCAAGAGACUGACAAGCCGAGAUAGACUGAGUGACCUACAUCCUGCAACACGCCUGGAGCAGUAGAGCACUUCUCUGUCUGCUCAGCACAGCGCUCUCGCAAAAAUAUUGAAAAACAAAACAGAGAAAAGGUUAGAGAAUUGCUCGGUGAAGCUUGUCACAUUCUCCACUCCAGGAACUCUUUUUUUUCUUCUCUACAAAGCAGCUUUGACCCACUUUUCUGUGAGAAAGCUGAAGAGACUUGCCUAGAGAAAGGCUGAACAUACAUUGGAUAAAUGAGGGGAAUUAACGCAGAGUUCCACCGUUUCUUGAUCUUCUUGGCCAGUUUAGACACUUGAACUAUAAGCUCAUUCAAUCAGUGAGAUAUAGCUGAAUCCCACUGUUCCUUAUCACCCCAUUCCUUGAGUUUCCUUUCCAGUGGUUGUAGCAAUAUUCCAAACUUUCCUCCACUGUGCAACAAUGGAAUGCCUGAAUUCACAACUCCAAUCAGCAAGCUCAGAAAAUAACCUGGACAGCCUAGAGACAUACUCUAACUACGAAGAGUCUCUCCCAUCGCCUCAAGGAACCCCCUCUCGCCAGGGGCGUCUCGUCAAGCCCAGCAUGAAUUGCAGACGCAAGCGUGAGUUCAUCUCUGAUGAAAAGAAGGAUGCAUCCUAUUGGGAGAAGCGCCGUAAGAACAACGAGGCGGCCAAACGCUCCAGGGAGAAGCGACGACUGAACGACAUGGUGUUGGAAAACCGCGUCAUGGUGCUGAAUGACGAGAACUGCCGCCUGAAGACGGAGCUGCUGCAGCUGAAGCUGCGCUUUGGCCUUAUCAGCACUGCCUCCUACAUGGAGAAGAGCCAGCAGCUCACUAGUGGAGGCAACAAUGGAGGCAACGGGAGAUCCUCCACAUCCAAUUACUACUCCAGCGGCUACUCCAGCAGCUCCCAGGUGAUGAUGAACUCUGACUCCUCGGAGACUGAGCAGUCAGGCAGCGGGGGGGGGCAUAAUCAACUGGUGGCGUACUCCCCCCAUGGGUCCCUUUCAGACAUGUCAGACGGGUCCUCCCGGGACAGCCCAGAGCCUGCGGUCUACGCGAUCAAGCAGGAGGAAAGCAGCCUGGAGAUGGACAUUGAAAGCAGCAUGUUGAAUGUCCACCAUAGCCUGUCCUCCACACAUCACCAGGAGGUGAUGGAGUCGGUCUACCACAGCCAACAGCACCACUCCUACCACCACCAGGAGAGCAUCACAAGCCAGACCAGUCAGGUCCCUCCACCCACCCAACAGAGGAGUGUCAUCCUCUACCGCUCCAGUAGUGCCUCCUACCCUGGGGAGAGCCAAAGGCAGCAGGACAUAGACCAACAGACAGCCCAACAGCAGAGUUCUCAGGCCAGCCAUCUGGCCCAGGCUCGAGAGAGCCACACAGAGAGCUCAGAGAGACUGGCAGAGGUGACCAAGCAGAUGGAGAGGAAGACACUAGACUCCCCUCCGUACCACUACUCAGACUGCCACAGCGAGGCAGGAGAAGGGCAGGUGUACAGAGCUCUGCAACAGGAGCAAAAGACCCAGACGGGCCUCGCUCCAGACAUCCUCCAAAAACAGGAGGCCGUCACGUCCCACCUGUACCACAACCAGGCUAGUCACUGCUAUCUUAGCACCCAGGACGAGGAGCCCCCCAUACUGACCUAUGAGGGCGGGGCCAGGAGUGAGGGGUACUACCAAGAACACUCAACCUCAGGCAAAGACACCUCCUCUAGUGACAAUGACCCCCGCAGCUCUGACAAGGAUGCCUCCACGGACGACGAGUCCCCGUCUUCCUCCUUCUCUGACGCCGGGAGUUACCUCCAGCACCUGUCUGUCUCACACCAGCCAGGGUCCCCUCUGCCCUCCCCGCAGGGCUCCUCCCAAUGCCAAAGCGGGGACACCCAGGCAGAGGUUAAGGGCACUGCCCUGCCUCACAAACUGCGUCUCAAACACAAAGCCAUGAGCACCCAGCAGAACUCUCCCACCACCCCUCCUCCUUCCUCUAUCCUACCCCUGCCCCAGCACCCUUACCUGGCCCUCAUGCAGCAGCAGAUCGGCAAAGAGAGGGAGAGUGAGCGCCAGCCCCCCACAGGGUUCUAUAAGCAGCCGUCCUCAGCUGAGUCAAGGAAGGAGAGUGAGAGAAAGGAGUCGUCAAGCGGACGCCAUAACAACAGCCGAGACUAAGUGCCUAUAGAACACUUGAGGGCAACACAAAUUUGUUGAGGUUCCUUACAUUGUGAGGUGUCUCUGAUGUUGCCUUAGAUCAAAAUACGCUCUUUCCCUUUCCCCUCCUCAAUCUCAAUCCACUAUCGUCCCUUUACCCCCAUCUACACCACCUUCAUGUCCUGGGACUAAAAAGCUGUACUGAAGCCCAAAACAGGGCUGGACUUCUGGGGGAACAGUAUUCUAUGUGUAUAUAUUGUAUAUACACUUUUCAGUUCUUGCAUCUUCUCCAUAAUUACAGAAGGACUUUUGUUUAUAAAUGAGAGGAGGGAGGAAACUCUUUCAUAUCAUUUUUCGUCAAACCACAGUUGGUCAUUUCAAAUGAGAAUAUAAGUUGACCAUUAUCGGAACUAUACUGUCAGCUUUCAUUGCCCCUCCUAUGGUGCACAUCUGGCUUUAGACAAACAUAGCAGCAACAUUCUGGGAACAUUCUUGACCAAAGAUGCAACAAAAUGAGAAAUUCCAUCCCUCUUCCCUAACCCUACCAAUCCAUAUAUCCCUUCCCAUCUCCAUGAUCUCACACAGCCCAUCCAUUAUCUUUCUUGUUCAAGCACUUGGUUUGUAUAUUACUGUAAAUAAUACACAAUAAUUUAUAAAUAUAUAUUUUUGAAUAAAACAAACAAAAAUGUCACAACAAUGUGACAAACUGUUGAGGCAAGAAAGGACUUGGACAUUAUCAUCCUGUUUUUGUCAGAAUUACUGUACAGUCACAUUGUGUCUACUGUUGCAAACUCCACUUAAGUUAAAACGUCUUUAAUGUCAUCACUUUAACUCUGUUUGCAGAAACAUGGCCGAUAGCUUUUGAAAUGCAGCUUCCCUGUUAUUGCAGUAGAUCUUUAAGAUCUUAGACAGCAUUCAAUCAAAGUCAAUCUGAGACAGAACUAGGCUGCUGGCCUAAAGUUGAGCAUCAUCAACAGUCUAGACUUCCACUGUUCCCAUCUCUUAGCCCAAUGUAUUUAUUCCUAUGCCCACAUCUGCAGAAAAGCCAAUAGGAACAUAGACUAAAAUAUGAAUGUGUAUAAACUUUAAGGUAUAAAAGCUCAAGUUAAAACCGUAAAGUGGGGACAUAUAGGGGAGAGAGUUAUUUUAAAUAUAGUAAUAUCAUCUAAAUGAUAUCUGUAUGAUAUUUGAACUCUGAGUGAGGCCACCUAGUCUCCUCUGCAAAUCAACACAAUGCACUGAGCUCAGAACCUCAGGCUUCUAACCUGAUGUCGAUCCAUGUGCGCUAGACACACGGAGUUAAACUCAGAAACUAGGUAAUUGGAUCUCUGAAACAGAGGCUAAUUUACUAUAUUACACAAAUAGCCCAUGACGUUAUAAAAACCUGGUUUAGAAUAAGAGCUAUUGCAAUUAAGUUUUGUAAAAACCAAGGACAAUCUCUACUUUGUUAAUAAAAUAGGGAUUUCCCCUUUUUCUAAUGUGCCUCUGUAGUGUAAUACAUGGGGCAUCCACCCCCGGCCUUUAUUUUCCUUGUUUUGGGUGACAAUGAGAAGCCUGCACUGUACCACACAGUUUAUAAAGUAUAUGUGCCAUGUUUAGCUUUUUGCCACUUGUGUAUAAAUGUAAAGCUUUCACUCUCUGACAACACUGUAAUGUUAAUGUCAUUGUUUUAUUUUCUGAAGUGUUGUUCUGUUACUAUCUUCGUGUGUCUUUCUCCUAUAGACCGUGAUGAUGUAUUUGCUCCAUACCCCCAUCCUCCCUUUUGUCAAUGUGUUUUAAAUCAGUGAUGCUUGUGUUUUUGCUGAUGGUUUUAUGAAAAAGAUUCAAGAAGGACAAAAAAGAUGCAGACGAGACUAGUGUGGUGUUUAGCAGUAGGUGGUGUCUAGGUCGCCACCACCCCUUUUUGACAUGGCUGUGUAUGUAAAGACACUAAUAUUUAUCAUGGAAGAUGGAUGCAUUUCAAGAUUGAAAACAAUAAAAAGGUUGUUGAAUUUCUCAACAUAUCGUACAAA